AUGGGAAAGAAGAAAGUCGCAGAUUCCGACGGUCGGGAACCGGUACGAUGGCAGCCCAAGGCCCUGGACGGCGGCUACGGCUGGGCGGUGGUGUUCGGCUCGUUCUGCAUUCACGUGUUUGCCGAUGGAUUUGUUUAUUCAUUCGGAGUUAUAGCCGAGAGUCUCGUCAGCGUGAGUUCUGCACUUGUAUUUAAUCCGUUUUAUGUAAUUAUGGCAUCUAAUAUUAGGCAUAAUUAACAUGUUUUUCACGGUAAUUAAGCCACGUUCCCAACAUAUUAAACGUUCACAGUUUUUGUUUAUUAAACAACCAGCUAGCUGUUUAAAAUUAACCUCGUUUUUAUGAAAAUUACGAGUUUUUGUGACAAUUCGUAAUUAUGAAAGUGACCUUUGAAAGCUUUUAAUGACAAUGUUUCGAAAGUAGAGGAGGCUGAACAACACGAAAUGUACAAUUGGAAAUAAAGGGAAUAGACUUUGAUUACUACCAAGAACUAUAUUAAAGUUUAAAAUUCAAGAUUUUUGGUUUUCGACAUUUGUUUUCAAGUUCAGAUAAACAAAUGUUCCUUUUCCUAAUUGACCUAUCGAGCUCAGGUGGAUUUCUAUCAUAAGAAAAACCAUUGGUCUGGCACGUCAUCUUAGAUUAGUCACGGAAGGCUUAAAAUAGACUUAAAGACCUAACCUGACAUUAAGAAAAUGAUGACAUUACAUUAUAAUUGAUAAUACACUUGAAACAGCAAUAAGGCUCCUCAAUAAAGCAAUUUCAGGAAUUCAAAGCCACAAAUGCCGAAACCUCACUUAUCUUAUCCCUACUGACUGGUCUGAUGCUGGCAGCGGGUCCAAUCGCUUCAGCCGUCUGUAACAGGAUCGGAUGUAGGUUAACAACAAUAAUUGGUGCCAUCAUCGCCUCAAUAGGAUGUGCCUCAUCGUACUUUGCGUACUCUAUGAACUACUUACUUGUCUCGGUGGGUAUCGUGAUGGGAUUCGGCUUUGGAAUGAUGUACUGUCCUGCCAUCGUCAUAGUUACCAUGUACUUCGAGAAAUACAGGUCUUUGGCUACGGGUGUCACAGUUUGUGGAGCUGGCGUGGGAACCGCAGUGUUUUCGAAAAUCAUCGGAUUCUUGAUUGUGCACUUCAACUGGCGCACGGUGUUCCUUAUUUAUGCAGGUAUGCUAACAUAUCUUGGCAAAAAAGUAGUUUAAUUGGCCUCGCAUUUGUCCUUUAGGACAAAGACCUCAUAGACAACAGUAUCAUAAGUUUGUUGGUCAAAGUGUAGGCAAAACAUCCUCCUGUAUUCUGAGCACUCCUUUCUUUGCAUAUUUUAGAUGCUUUUGCAACAAUUUACUUUGUUUGUUUACAGGUGUUGUAUUACUCUGCAUUCCUUGUGGUGCCUUGUAUAGGCCGAUUGCCUUCGAGCCCAUCUACAAUGACGAAGACAAGAAAGAAGAGGAAGAAGAAGAGGAAAAAGAGAAAACAAAAGCAGAACCGAAAAAGAAUGGCAUCGUAUCAAACGUUAAUAAUCAUUUGGCGGUCGGAGGGAUCAGAUCAGCUGUGUCACACACAGGAAUCAACGAAGACCCUAAGGAAAACAACCUACAAAGGGUACGAUCCCUCGGGGGACAUUUACACAAAACGUCAGAAGCUUCGGUAUCUUCCCUCGGAUACCUCAAUGUAAAGGAUGUCUUCUACGGAAGAUCAGUCACUGAACUCAAGGAUUAUAACGAGAAGAUUCGUUCUGUAGCCUCAUUGCCAUUAGACCACAAAGACUCACUGUCAAGGAGAAAGGAAACCCAUCACUCCAACGUCGAUAUCCUCAAAGAGUUACCAGAAGAAGACGAGAACGACGACAGCACGGCCACAAGUGCUAGCAGAGCUAUCGAAAUGUGGAGGUAAGUGAAUACUUAUAAUGUAAACAUAUUACCAUAAGUUAUCAUAGUACCUUCCAAACACAUAAACGCUGUAAAAACAGAUUGCAUAUAUAGAAUAACUGACCAAAAUCUAAUUUCAGAGUUCUGAAGAAGAUGCUGGAUCUGUCGCUGUUCACAGACCCAGUCUACGUACUCUUCGCGGCUUCCAACUUCUUGACCAGCAUUGGCUUCAACGGACCUCCGAUGUACAUGCCUAUGAACGCUGAAAACAUACUCAAGGUCAGCAAACAAGAUGCUGCUACAACGGUUUCUGCCUUCGGCUUGGCCAACCUGCUCGGCCGAAUCGUCUUCGGAAUGAUCUGCGACAGAGAACUACCGUUCAAGUACGGCAAAGACACAACGACCAACCGGUUGUGGAUCUACAACUGGACCUUGAUGUUCAACGGAAUAGCGUGCUGCUUCGUGUUCAUGAUGACCGACUUCAACGCCUUCCUCUUCUACUGCUUCUCCUUUGGCUUCCUCAUAUCAUCUUACGUGUGCUUGACAUCCGUGGUACUAGUGGAUCUAAUUGGAGUGGAAAAACUUACAAAUGCGUUUGGUCUACUUCUACUGGUUCAAGGUAUUGCCACUGUUGUUGGACCUCCAAUUGCUGGUGUUUUGUACGAUAUUACUGGUAAUUAUGACUGGACCUUCCUCUUCUGCGGCGUCUGUCUCUUCUUGAGUGGUGCCAUGAUGUUCGCGGUACCAUGUCUGAAGAAGAAAAAUGAAAAAGACGUGAGGUUAGAAGACCCAGAGACUACAGCAUUGUCGCCCAUGGUCGCUUAA